AUGAGCACCGAACGUGACCUACGAGCCCAACGUCGGGAACAAACUCGCGAGCAGCGUCCAACCUUGUCAAGAGGAGGAUCUGUAUCCUCUCGAUCAUCUCAUGCGUCCUUAGGUUUGGGGUUUCAUUCACCCAUCCAACCAUCAACAACCCGCCACCGUCCUCCUGGUCAUUGUCCAGAGAGUCUGGAACACAUCCUGGUUGAGGUUCUCGAUCUCCCUCCAGAUGGUAUUCUUGCUCAAGCAUUGAAGCAUGCAAAAAUUACUUGCUUCAUUGACCUCAUGGCUAUGACCGAUGUGGCGAUUGACUCUCUUGUUUAUCCAAGAAGUCAAACACCUGAUGAUGAAGGCGAUUUCCAAGAUGAUCAACUUGCCCUGGUACCACUGUCCAUUCGCAGUCUCAUCAAGGUCAUCCAAGGAUACGUUUACUACCGCAAACAUGUCCAUAAUGAUCCUGUCAACCCUGACAACUGCAUGGAUAUUGACUAUGGAAGUGUACUUGACUAUAGGGCUUCUGGAGAGUUCUUAACUUUUGGUAAUAGAACUAUUCCACAACCUAUUAUCCAGAAACCCAGUCGUCGUACCCCUGCUGAUGAAUUCGAUAGAAGCAUCAGACGAGACCCGUCGUCUUUCCCUACUUUUAGCAAUGAUAAGCAAUGGGAAAACUACAAUCGUAACCUCGCAGCCAUCUGUCGCACUUACGGUCUACAAAAUGUCCUUAAUCACAAGUACCGCCCACAAACUGUUGAUGAAAAGGACCUCUUUGACCGUCAGCAGGCGUUCAUGUAUCAAGUCUUUACCACGACUCUCCUCACCGAUAAAGGCAAGCAAUUUGUUCGUGAGCAUCAAGCAACCUUCGAUGCGCAGACAAUUUACAAUCAACUUGCUAAAGCCUACACUAAGUCUGUUAAAGCUGAUGCCACCGCUACUGGACUUCUACGAUGGAUUAUGACCGCUAGGCUUGAUGAUUCAUGGCGCAACACACAUGAAUCAUUCAUCAUCCAUUGGCAAGAACAAGUACGCAAAUACCACACCUUGGCAGACAUUAGUCAAAGGAUGCCAGAAACCCAGCAACACCUGCUACUCGAACAAGCCCUUAUUGCUGUCCCUUAUCUCGAUGAGAUUCAGAGACUAUCUAGGAUUCUUGAGAUGCAAACGGGCAAGGCAAUCAUUUUUGAUGACUAUGUCACCCUGGUGGAAUCUGCAGCCCAAAGUUACGACACUCGCCAAGACUCCAAGACUAAGCCUAAAAAUAACCCUAGUAGAGAUAUCUACUUUACUGAUGUUCGUUCCGGCUUUGAGGAUGACAACCUCCCUAUGGAAUUUAACAUUGAUACUGAUAUUGGGGAAUACCAAGCCUACCGCUCAUCCUUCACUCCUGGCCGCCGCCCCCGCCUUCCACAGGCCCAAUGGAGUCAAUUGGAUGAUGAGGCUCGUCGCCAUUGGCAACAGCUUCCUGAUAAAGCAAAGGCCAUUAUUCUUGGAGCAUCUUCUGAUCCCGCACGACCGCCACCACCUCCACCCCCACCUCCGCCACCGCGCCGUUCGGUCAAUCUUCAUGACAUCUCGGCUGCUGAACUCCUCGACCACUUGCAGGAUGCGAGCAUGGGGAGUGCUUCUGGUGCUCUUCCUCCUGAAGUGGUUGACACCGCCAGAGACAGCAUCCUAGCGCAUGUUACUGAACGUCAAUCUCUCAAACCUGGAGACAUAAAGCGUUUGAUGUCGGAUAAGCUUGCCGAUGUGCCCUCCAAACCCAAAGGCAAGCAGGAAGCCAAGCAACACGAGAUCGUGAUAGAUGGUAAAACGUAUCGAUCUGUCAAUACAGCUACUAUCCGUUACUUAGUUACCAAUCAUAUCAACACUCGUAAGAAGCAACUAGGUCUCUGUGAUCGAGGAGCCAAUGGUGGAAUUGCUGGUUAUGAUGUCAUCAUCCUGUCAAAGACAAACCGUUCUGUUGAUGUCCAAGGCAUAGAUAACCAUCAAGUGACGGAUGUGUCCAUUGUAACUUCAGCUGGAUACACUGACACACAGCGCGGUCCUGCUAUUUUGAUCAUGAACCAGUUUGCAUCUAUCGGUAAAGGGCAGUCCAUCCUCUCCAGCCCACAGAUGGAGCAUUUUGGCGUUGAGGUAGACGACCGAUCAUCCAAGGUAGGAGGCAAACAGCGACUCUCUACCCCAGAUGGUUGGGUCAUUCCUAUGGAGAUUGUCAAUGGACUUCCAUACGUCCGUAUGAGACCACCGACAAAACGUGAACUUGAUACACUACCACACAUUGUCUUAACUUCUGACAAGGACUGGGAUCCUAGUGUACUGGAUUCCAAGUUGGAAGACUUUGAGAAAUGGACCGAAUCCAUCCCUGAUGAUGGAUCUGAAGAAGGCAAGAGACCAUUUGAUCGAGUCGGUAUCCUUAAGAGUAAUCAGACUGUCACUACUCUCAAGGAUGAAUCCCUAUUGGACCAGGCUAUUGAUUUCUUUGAAUCGUUUGACUACGUUGCACCAACUGACGGACUAUACGAGGUUUACGAACGUCCAGAUACUGAUACGGAUUGGUUUGGCUGUAAUAUGGCCGACUUAUUCUGUUCAGAUUCUUACUUUGAUGACCCUCCAAUCCCGGCAGCAUUCGAAGUCAAUCAGUCAUAUAGGCGACCGAGUGUUCUAUUUGCUCCUGAAGCUCCCAUUGAUUUUGACAUUGAAACAGGACCAUUGCUUGCCAAAGAUGAUUUUCAAGCUCUUGCACCUGGUUUACCAAAGGAUAUGCUUACUAUUAACGUACCUCCUACACCAAGGCGCAAUCCAAGACGGAAGACUCGUUAUAGUCAUGGUAAUCGCAAUGGGGAGAGAACUGAUAAUGGCCCUCCCCCACGAACCGAGCAAGCACACGAGCCUCUGCCACCUACUACUACGGAGUAUAAGAAUCCGAGCUCUGCCGUGAAGUCUCAUGAACGCGAUUGGGAGCGACUGCGACGAUACUUUGCAUGGUUGCCUAAGCUCGUAAUUCAGAAAACUUUCGACUGUACAACUCAGUUGGCUCGCAUUCCCAUGAGUGCCCACCUUCAACGUCACUACCGUUCACCGUUCCCAGCGCUUAAUGUCAACAGACGUAAUGAAGGUUUAGCCACCGAUACCGUCUAUGCUG